AUGGGUAUCGAUCAUUACACUAAGCAACACAAGAGAUCCGGUCACAGAACCGCUCCAAAGUCCGACAAUGUCUACUUAAAGAUGUUAGUCAAGCUAUACUCCUUCUUAGCUCGUCGUACUGACGCUCCAUUCAACAAGGUUGUCUUGAGAUCUUUAUUCUUAUCUAAGAUCAACAAGCCACCUGUUUCUGUUUCCAGAAUUGCCAAGGCUUUGAAACAAGAAGGUGCUGCUCAAAAGACUAUUGUCGUUGUUGGUACCGUCACUGACGAUUCCAGAAUCUACGAAUUCCCAAAGACUACUGUUGCUGCCUUAAAGUUCACUGCUGGUGCCAGAGCCAGAAUUGUCAAGGCUGGUGGUGAAUGUAUCACUUUAGAUCAAUUAGCUGUUAGAGCUCCAAAGGGUCAAAACACUUUGAUCUUGAGAGGUCCAAGAAACGCCAGAGAAGCUGUCAGACACUUCGGUAUGGGUCCACACAAGAACAAGGCUCCAAGAAUUUUAUCCAAGGGUAGAAAAUUCGAAAGAGCUAGAGGUAAGAGAAACUCCAAGGGUUUCAAGGUCUAA